AUGAGCCCCGUUGUUUUUCGGCUCCGCAUAGACCCGCGCCGGCGCCGCACCGUACCGCAACCCGCCCACCCAGCGCUGGCGCGCGCGCCCGCGGCUCGCUGCGCGUGCCCCACGCCAGCGCGCCGCCGGCGCCGCGUCGGCUCGCGUCCACGCCAGGGACGAGCCUCCCCCGCGUCAGCGCCGUCGCGCCGCGCACCGCGCCCGCCGUCGGCUCGCGUCCACGCCAGCGCAGGAGCCGCCCGAGCACGCCCCUGCGCCCGCUCCCGCUCGCGGCUCCGCCCGCGCCAGCGCCCGCGGCGCCUGCGGCCCGCGGCCUCGCCGCGCUACCAGCCCCCGGGCCAGCGCCGCCUCACGCCGUGCCUCGCCGGUGCCGUGCCCACUCCAGCUCGCGGCUCCGCACGCUCCAGCGCUCGUGGCCGCCCCCGCGCCGUGCCCUCGCCCGCGCCUCGGCCUCCUUGCGACACGUGUGCAGUUAUUGAGGAAUAA